AUAAUCCUCGAGAUUGUCAUCGGAAACAAAGAAAUUGAUGCUAUUGUUUGAUUUAUUUUUAACAAUUAAGUGCCGUUUUUUUGUGUUCAUAUAACAUAUGUGUGUCUUAUUUCAUAAAUUGUUAAUUAAAUUGUUUAACUGCAUAACAAUUAUCACAUACCAAUAUUAAUCACACAAAAAUAUAAUAACUAUAAUAUUGUCAGUGAAACCAAAAGCUUUUUAUUAUUAUUAAUUAAAAUUAUUAGUUAUAGUCAAUUACAUAUUUUGUAACAUUAGAUAUAAUAUUACGGGUAAACCAUAUAUAAAAAACAAAUGGUUAACUUAUUUCCAUUUAUUCCGCUAUCGAUAGCGUUUUUAUUUGCAUUAUUAUUAAGUUUAAUUUACAUAUUAGCAUUGAUCUAUUCACAUGUCAAUCCAGUGUAUCCAUUCAUUAGUGAUUCCGGUGCCACACAUCCAGAAGCGGCAUAUUUUUCAUACAUCCUCUACUUGAUUGCAAUACUCGUGGGAAUCAUGAGUUGGAUUCGUUACAAACAAAUCAAGUACUUCAUACACAACAAUCCCAAACAACAGCAACAGUUCAAUAACAAUGACAACAAUGUGCGACAAAAAUCAAAAUCUAUUGAUGAAAAAUUAUCUGAAAGAUUGAGUACUGUUUUCAAAUUGGAUCGAUUGAAUACAUGGUCACUGUAUAUGUCGAUAAUCCAAGUGCUUAGCCUACCGGCAGUGGCAGCGUUUCGUUCAACAGAGAGCCUAGAACUGCAUCUAUUGGUCGGUGCCGUUCCCGUGUUUAGCGCAUCCCUUAUCUAUUUUUUGAUGCAAACACAUAUAACAUAUCUGACCAUACCAUAUGUCGGUACCUUAAAAAUGGCCAGAUUUAGGCUUUUAGUAUCCAUUUUGUCCAUUAUUUUCGGCACGUGUAUGUUAUUUGGAGUGCUUUUCUCAGCACUGGGAUUAAAGCGAACCUACGCUGACAUUAGAGGUCCCUCCCGACUGGUAUGGGACGAGUCGUAUGGCGGAUAUGUAGGUCAUGUGGUCAGCACUGUUGCCGAAAAUGUGGCAAUUUUUAUGAUGUGUCCGUUUUAUGCCUCGUUUUAUCCCGAAUUUAGACGAAUUGAAACACAAAACCGUAGACUUAAAUUCAAAUUUAAUGAAAUCAAUUUUUAG